UAGUAAGUUUUAAGCGAUUUAUCCACAAAUUUUCUAUGAUUAAUUUGUAAUAUUCACGAUCAAAUUUCCACUAAUAAUGGCCACAAUCGAUUCCAAUGAAAAUCGUUCAUCACUAUCAUCUAUCAACAACAACAACAGCAAUAUCGAACGAUCAAAUAUUGAUGUUGAUGAUGAUAAUAAUAAAUUAAAUAAAUUCAAACCAUCAUGGUUAAUAUAUGUUGUAGCUAUUUGUGUUGAAUCAUUAUCAUUAUCAUUCGGUAUGACAAUGGGUUGGACAUCGAUUGCCGGCGAAGAAUUGGAUACGAAUUUCACUACAACAAACAAUAAUGAUCAUUGGAAAUCGCCAGUGUUUCCUAAUGAUAUUGAAAAAAAAUUAAUUGCAUCCAUAUGGACAUUAGGAUCAUUAUUUGGUGGUUUUAGCUGUGGUUAUCUAAUCGAUAAAUUUGGUCGUAAAAAAAUGCUCAUAUUAUUGGGCAUACCAUUCGGUAUGGCUUGGCUUUGUAUCGGUUUUGCUCAUUCUUCAUCUAUCAUAAUCAUUGGUCGUGUGAUUAAUGGUAUUGGAUUGGGAAUUUCGAUCCCAACGAUACCACUUUAUAUAGCCGAAAUUUCGACACCAAAUAUUCGUGGUUACAUUGGAAUGUCCAUUGGUUUUUUCGCCGUUUUAGGUAUGCUUUUAAUCAACAUAUUGAACGUUAUGAACUUUCAUUGGAAUCAUUUGGGAUUUAUUGCCAUUGUACCGACAACAUUGAUGAUGAUCAUAAUGUGUUUUAUGCCUGAAUCACCAGUAUGGUGUAUCAAUUUUAUAAACGAUAAAAAUGAAUCUAUAAAACAAGCUGAAAAAAAUCUUCGUCGAUUACGUUCGAAAAAUAGCGAUAUUCAACAAGAAUUAGAUAAUUUUAUUGAAAUGAAAAAAUCAUCAGAUAAAAUGAACAAUAUGGUUAACCAAAGUAAUCAUCAUCAUGGACUUUUAAAAUCAUUACGACGAAAAGAUAUUUAUAAACCAUUCAUAAUAGCAAUGGUUGUUAUGACAUUUCAACAAUUCUGUGGUUCUAGUAUCAUUAUCUAUUCGAUGAAUGAUAUUUUUAAAAAUUCCGGUUCAACAUUAUCAGCUAAACAAUCCAGUUCAAUAACUAAUGCAAUCAUGUUGGCCACAAUCAUUAUCGGUGGUUUUUCAAUCGAUCGUUUUGGACGACGAAUUCUUUUGAUAAUUUCUGGCACUGCACAAGCAUUAAGUAUUGGUACAUUAGGUGUUUAUUAUUACAUACAUUUAUCAACAUCGAAUAUUCAACAAUCAUCAUCAUCGAUACUUCCAAUUAUUUGUGUAUCCAUAUUUGUAAGUGCAUAUUCAUUUGGUAUUGGUCCACUUUGUUGGAUUAUUAUUGCCGAAAUUACACCACCACAAGCUGUUUGGUUAGUAAUGUCAAGUACUUCUGUUUAUUCAUCUAUUGGUACAUUCAUUAUGAUUUUUUCAACAAAAACAUUAUUCCAAUUGUUAAAAGAAUAUGGUACAUAUUGGUUAUUCACUGUGGUUAAUAUUACCAUUGUUAUAUUUGGUUAUUUUAUACCAGAAACAAAAGGACGUACAAUUGAUGAAAUUGGUAUUGGUAGAAUUUUCACAAACAUUUCUACUUCAUUGUCCGCAUCAUCAUCCACAGUAAGAUGUUCGACCGCCAGUGCACAGACUUCCUGCAUCCAGAUCGUGACCAUACUGUCGAUUUGA